AUGGUUACCCUGAAAUUGUGCGAUAUUUCGGAAGUUCGACCUUAUCUUUACUUAAGUGGUUUUGGCUGUAUUACGGAGAAGAAACUACGAGAUCUUGGAAUAACACAUAUAAUUGACGCGACUAAUCUUCCGAAUAACCCGCAUUUUGAAGGAAUCGAAUUUCUGGAUAUUAUGAUAGAUGAUUCAUUGAUCGCCAACCUUAUUCCCCACUUUGAAAGUACUGCACAGUUUAUUCGGAAUGCACAGAAAAAGGGUGGAAAAACAUUAAUUUAUUGUGCAGCUGGAAUUAGCCGUUCUUCAUCGCUAUGUAUAAUGUCUUUGGUACUUAACGAAGGGUUAAGCUUGAGAGAAGCAUAUUACGACGUAUUGGAUAAAAGGCCAUUCAUAUCGCCAAAUAUGUCAUUUUGGCGACAGAUGAUCGAAUAUGAAUAUAAAAAACAAGGUCAAAGUACGGUGGAGCUACUCAGAGGAAUGGCACGACCCAUUCCGGAUGUAUAUGUCAGGAAAUUUAAAUCUAGUGCCGCAGCUUCAGUAGAUAAAACGAAGUGA